GGCUAUACAUAUUGUGAACUCACUGCUCCAAUUUCUCGAGCUUGCCUCAGCCUGUCGUGUCGCCUGUGCUGUCUUCGACGCUCCAUUGACGACUCGCCGAGCACGCUGAAUUAGACCUUUCCUCAUGGCCGCCCUCCACCAAACCGCGUCUGUCAGCCUGCAGACGGCCUUCACGGGCCAAGCGCUGAGCGUGGAUGGAAGAAGAGCCGCGAGGGUGUCCAUCGCAGCUCCCAGGCCCGUCGCACCAGCACGCGCUCUUCUCGACGACGGCGGCUCCGUCGGCAUUGCCGUUGCUGGCGGCGGUGCGCUGGCUGCGCUCGCCACGGUGCUCUCACUCGCCGACCCCGAGAAGAGGCGACAGAAGCAAGCGGAGGAAGUCGGUGGUGACGAGAAGGACGCGGUGCGCAAGUACUUCAACACGGCGGGCUACGACAGGUGGCGUCGCAUCUACGGCGAGACGGACGACGUCAACUCCGUGCAGUUGGACAUCCGUCAAGGCCAUGCCCAGACUGUCGAGAAGGUGCUCAAGUGGUUGAGGGAGGAGGGCCCUCUGGACGGCGUCACCGUGUGCGAUGCGGGAUGCGGCACCGGCAGUCUCUCCAUCCCCCUGGCGCUGGAAGGAGCGACGGUGUACGCCAGCGAUAUCUCCGCUGCAAUGGCGGGCGAGGGCGCGGAGAGGGCGAAGGUGGCCCUGGCGGAGGCGAAGACGGCGAAGCAGCUCGUGAUGCCCGUGUUCGACGCCAAGGACCUCGAGUCCAUUGAGGGGAAAUACCACACCGUGGCGUGUCUGGACGUGCUGAUCCACUACCCGCAGGACAAGUCGGACGCCAUGAUCGCGCAUCUCGCGUCGCUCGCCACCGACCGAGUCAUCCUCAGCUUCGCGCCCUACACGCCCUACUACGCCUUCCUCAAGCGAGUGGGGGAGCUCUUCCCCGGUCCAUCCAAGGCCACGCGCGCGUACCUGCACUCAGAGGAGGAGGUGGAGGGCGCCCUCAAGAAGGCGGGGUGGCGCGUGGUGAAGAAGGAGAUGACGGGCACCAAGUUUUACUUUUCCCGCCUCUUCGAGGCCGUGCCCAUCUAGACACCACUCUCUCACUCCGUACUGUAGCUUUUUGCCCGUUUUUAGCGCGUUUGAGCUUGCCUAUGCAUGAUGGUGCAAGCAAGCAUGCCUUUCUUCUGUACACACUUAUAGAGCUCCUUACGGUAACAAAAUUUACUAGACCAGAAGAUAGCAUACCAGUAAGGGCUGGGUGCUAAUAUAGACUUGGGCUUUACAAUCCACGAGCUCUCCCACUCAGACAGCAGUACAGCAGCAUCGCCCCUCCACUUCCACCCCUGCUAAUCAU